AUGUGAGUAGGCUGAAGCAUCGCAUUUCUCUUGUGUUCACAAUUUUCGUAUUCUUCAUCACGUCGAUCUCGAUAACUCAUGUCUUGAUUCACUUCACUCUUUCGGGAUACAUCCUUUGGUCAUGGUCAUGACCCUAAAUUUGGUCUCUCCAACACCUCACAUUAAUCUCGAAAGCUCAUCUCCACCUCACCAUCUCAACUACUGACAAAAUACUAGACCAACAUCUGCUUGAAUCGCAAGUAUGGCGACUCAAGCGCCUCAAGCUUUCCCUCUCAGCUUCGAGGAGAUCGAGAACCUGGUCAAGUCACUCUACAAUCCCGGUCAAGCGAAGAAGAUUGCUCAGACAGAAGCCACGCUGCGAGUACUGCAGCGCUCACCUCAAGGAUGGGAGAUUGCCAACGCUCUUCUCAAGAGCGAUAAUGAACAAGUCCGAUUCUUUGGGGCUCUUACCUUAACCGUUAAACUCAAUGCCGAUUCUAACGAAUUGACAGAGGAGCAUUCUGAACAGCUAUUGUCAACACUUAUCCAUCAUCUCAUUUCCUGUCCUACUUCUUCUAUGGCAACACGGAAAGUAAGCUCGACAUUAGCACAGUACUUCACCAAGCCGAUUUCAACCUGGACCCAGUGCAUUAGAAGCUUGGCUGUUUCGUUUGCGGUGCAACAGCCCGUUUUGGACGAUGCCUUAGAUAGCCAUCAGUCGACCUGGGAUAUUCUGCCUCAACUCUCCGAUGACCAACUUCUGGUUCUACUGGACUUCGCCAUGAACCUGGCCGACGAAACGAAAAAGCUUUCUAAUCAACCCGAUCGGACGGCACAUGAGCGUAUGAUUGCAAACACAGAGAGCAUAGAAGUGCUGCUUCAUGUUUCAUUCGGUCGUGGCAUAAAGUGGUUGUCGAUGCCGUCGAGUGACGCGAGCUAUGCGCAAUAUGUACAACUAGGAGAGAAAAUCUGCGUGGCUGCCUUGAAAUGUCUGACUGGCUGGAUAUUUUACGCUCAGUCUGAGUUCAAGGAAGUUCCAAAGAAGCUCAAGUAUCUCCGAUCGGUGACAGAGCUCGCUUUGACUUGCUUAGAGUACCACGUCGAAGAUGCCAUGGAGCUUGUUGCCGAAGUACUUGAGAACUAUCCAAGUUUCUUUGAGCCAAAACACCACGAAAUGCUUUGGUCAGCUAUUGCUGGACCGUGGGGCCUGGAGAUUUUGAAAAACCUCGAUGCUGAAACCGUAUCUCUGGCUAGAAUCGUCGUCGCCUAUGGGCAGAUUCUACUCGAAUCGAAGGUUCUAUACACAGAGCCAGAUAUACCACAUCAUCAGCAGGUUAUGUCUUUUCUACACGAUCUUCUCAAGUACCCUGAACCUGUCGGUGUCGAAGACGAGGUAGCUCCGGUCGUACUUGACUUUUGGAGUAAUUUUGUAAGCUCCAUUGCAGAGGAGAUGUUCAACUACGCAUCAGGCGAUGAACAACCUCUAUGGAUGAAUACCGCAAAGGCGAAUGUAUUCCAAGCAACAUCUGAACUUGUGCAGAAGAUCAUCUAUCCCUCGUCUGAUGUUACCGAUUCUUGGGAUUCAGAUUCGAAAAAGACGUUCAAGGUCUUCCGCGUCGACGUGCGAGACAUUAUCAUGGAGGCAUACGAGUCCCUGCGCGACACAAUGACUGAUCAGUUCAUCGACUUUACGUUGCAUGCUUUGGAGACAAGCAACUGGCUGAAUCUCGAGGCUGGGCUGUUUUGUCUCAUCGCCAUCUCAGACACGUUCAACGACCAAGCUGAUAAGAGUUUGAAUCGCCUGUUUGAGCAGCCUCUGUUCCCUGCUGUGUCUGGGUAUGCAGGCAUUCCUGCUAUGACAAGGAGGACUGCCGUCGAGAUGGUUGCAGCUCUAGACUCCUUCUUUCUUCGAAAUCCUCGCUUUCUGCCACAAGUUCUGCCCUUUCUUCUCACCGCUCUUGCUCAGCCAGCACUAGCACACAGCGCCGCCAAAUCAUUCGCCUCGCUUUGCUCGGAAUGCAGAUCAUCACUUACCGGGGAACUGCCCUCCUUCUUCCAGAUGUAUGAACAAUUCCUUACGUACCCGACAGCCGAGGAAUUCACGAAAAGCAAAGUCCUCGAAGGUAUUGCCGCAAUUGUUCAGGCCUUGGAUUCAGAACAGAAGCAACUCGCUGGUGUAGGACAGAUCUUCGGAUACAUCGCGCAGGACGCCAUGCAAGCGAUGAACUAUACCAAAGAAGGAACCGACGUGGAACAAGGACAAGUACUUGCGCUUACCACAUUGAAAUGUCUAUCAAGUACUGGUAAGGCACUUCAGACCUUGGACGAGGAGGUGGUAGAUCUGGCCUCCGAUAAAGAAGCUUCAACAUUCUGGUCUCAAGGUCCUGGCAAAACCAUUCAAAAUCAAGUGAUUAACUUCGUCAACUACUUGACGCAAGUGUUUCCUGGGAAUGGUGAGAUCGUCGAAACAGCCUGCAAUGUCCUGCGUACCGGAUUCAAGGAAACCAAUCCUGGACCUUUCGUACUCCCCCCUUCUGCAGCGGUUGAUUUUAUCACGAAAACUACCGUUCAGACGCCACGACUACCAUACGUACUGGACACAGCGUGCUGCUGGAUCUCUUCUCACAAGACUACUCCACCCCAAGGCUUUGAGACCCAGGCCCGGCGACUCCUACAACAUGAUUUGAGCAUAAUGCAGGCGCUACAGCAUCCGCGCAACGAUCCGGAAAUCUCAGUUGGGUGUAUAGAGUUGAUCCAGAGCUUCAUGAACACAAAUCCCCGAAUACUAACAGAAGAGCAUCCGGAGAGCCUUCAAAGCAUGUUUGGCUUCACAGUGGAAUCGAUCAAUUCACCUGAAGUGCUUCCAAAGCGUGCAGCAGCUAAACUGUGGAAGGAUAUUUUCGAGCUGUCAGGCAACACACACAGUGAACACCAGGGCACGCUGCAAGACAUUGUCGCCCACUUUGGCUCAUCCGUCACUCUUGCUCUGAUUUCGAACGUUUGCGGAGAGGUCGAUUACACCAGCCUAGAGCACAUCAUCGCACCCCUACGUGCUGUCAUCAAGUCUGACAAGCAUGCAAGGGUAUAUCUCACAAACUCCCUAGCUGAGCAGCCACUUCUGCUUCGUUUCCAACAAGAUCCUGGUGUGCAAGCUAUGGUGCGGAAGUUUAUCGAGAGCUUGACAAGGAACGCGAAGAACUCGAUGGCCUUCAAAGAAGCUGUCAAGACCUUCUGGCAGAGCUGCAAGCAGUUGCAGAUGCAGUUGCAACCACAGAUGAUGGUCCAUCCUGCGCACAGGUUUGGCUAG